UCCGGAUCCGCCCAGGCGUCACAGCACCGACAAGAUGGCCGAGAGUACUGGACGAAAGUGAGGGAGAAAACAAAAAUACUGGCGAGCUGAUCAUCUCCACUGAUGUCAGACUUUUAGAGCUCCUGAAAACCACCAGAAAAGGGAUAAGAGCUGUUAAUCGCUUUAUUCAAGACUCUUCUGCGGGGCGACAUUUGCGGUAUGCAGACAAAUGUGCACCUAGCCAGCUCGCUGACAGAACGUUCGUCAGGUCGUCUGCGUCGGCUAGCUAGCUAGCAAGCUAACCAUGUUAGCUAGCUGACAACACCGUCAGCGAGAGAAUACGGUCUCAGAAAGUGUCAGUAAGUAAACGGUGAAAUACAGCGUCAUAGCUAAACAUUUCUUGGUCUCCUGGAAGUUUAAAAUUGCCGUAGCAGCGUAGCCUGGCUGCGGAGGAAAUCGGAUUUGCUAGUUUACGCUUAGCCGACUGGCUAGCGAGCUAACAUUGCGGAAUUCUCGCUUGCAGGAGAUUGCCCAAGCUUCAGAGUUAGCAUUAGCCAACCUCGGUUAGCUCACUUAGCUGUUUGGGUGACUUGGGGUUGUUCCCAUCCAAGAACGGUACAUUAGCAAGUUGAGGAAGGACUGUUUUCCUCUCAAUACGGCGAGUUUUCACAGUAGGGCUGGCGUCCUGAAGGAUAGUGUUUGUUAACAUUACCACAAGCGGAGUGUAAACACAAGGCAAGCCGAGGAGAGCACAGCCCUGCGUUGUUGGAGGCACCAUGGCCCAUUCUCCUGUUCAGGGUAACCUACCGGGCAUGCAGAAUGUCAAAGCGGAUCCGGAGGAGCUGUUCACCAAGCUGGAGCGGAUUGGCAAGGGUUCGUUUGGCGAGGUGUUCAAAGGCAUCGACAAUCGCACCCAGAAGGUCGUGGCCAUCAAGAUUAUAGACCUGGAGGAGGCCGAGGACGAGAUCGAAGACAUUCAGCAAGAGAUCACAGUGCUGAGCCAGUGUGACAGCCCCUUUGUCACCAAGUACUACGGCUCAUACCUGAAGGACACAAAGUUAUGGAUCAUCAUGGAGUACUUAGGUGGCGGUUCGGCAUUAGAUUUGUUGGAGCCCGGAGCUCUGGACGAAACUCAGAUUGCCACGAUCCUCAGAGAGAUCCUUAAGGGCCUGGAGUACCUGCACUCUGAGAAGAAGAUCCACAGGGAUAUUAAAGCUGCCAACGUGCUGCUGUCAGAGCAAGGAGAAGUGAAGCUGGCGGACUUCGGUGUGGCCGGCCAGCUCACCGACACCCAGAUCAAACGCAACACCUUCGUCGGCACGCCCUUCUGGAUGGCCCCAGAGGUCAUCAAACAGUCAGCCUAUGACUCUAAGGCUGAUAUCUGGUCUCUGGGCAUCACAGCCAUUGAGCUGGCUAAAGGCGAGCCACCCCACUCAGAGCUCCAUCCCAUGAAGGUUUUAUUCCUCAUCCCAAAGAACAACCCACCCACGCUGGAGGGCAACUACAGCAAACCGCUCAAGGAGUUUGUUGAGGCCUGCCUCAAUAAAGAGCCCAGUUUUAGGCCCACUGCCAAAGAGCUGCUCAAGCAUAAGCUGAUCGUUCGCCAUGCAAAGAAGACCUCCUACCUGACCGAACUGGUGGACAAGUACAAGCGGUGGAAAGCAGAGCAGUCCAGAACCACAGAGUCCAGUUCCGAUGAGUCCGACUCAGAGCAAGACGGCCAGGCAUCGGGCGGGAACGACUUUGGCAGCGAUGACUGGAUCUUCACAAUCCGAGAGAAGGAUCCCAAGAAGCUGCAGAACGGGGAGGGACAGUCAGGGGCAACAGAGCAGACUAAAGACAUUCCAAAGAGGCCUUAUUCACAGAGCCUGGCCACAGUCAUCUCUCCUGCACUGGCUGAGCUGAAGGCGAGGCAGGAGCAGGUGAACGGGAACCCCAUGGCCCUGGAUGAGCUGAGGGAGGCCAUCCUGCUGGCCGAGGAGGCCUACCCCGGCAUCUCCGACUCCCUGGUGGCUCACAUGGUCCACAGGAUCCAGAGUUAUUCCACAGGCAGGACAUCUUCCUCCUCCUCCCCCUAGUGACUGGCUCCUUGCCCCGGCCCUGCUCUCCCAGGCCCCACACCCCCCUCCACCCCCAGAAACACACCACAGCCAGGUCAGAGGGUUAAAAGUCAGGGGUCAAGUCAUUCAACACCAGCUGACCGCAUUUAACCUCCCCUGGGGGCUGCAGGGGGCAGGGGGCUUACCUAGCCUGUAAAAAAAAAAAAACACAACAAAAAAAAAAACAUAUAUAUCACUGAACUCCAAACGCUCUGCGGAGGAAGAGAAAACUCUGGAGAGCCUCUUUUAGUCACUUACCAGUGGAGAACAUCGGGGGGCAGCAGAACCCUUCGAAAAGUUUGGUGUUGACUCUGGCGGGGGCCAAAAAAAACCCCUGAGACGGACGAGCAAGACUCAGACUAAAGUAGAGCGAGCCCACCAGAGGAAAAACAGCCCAGUCAGACUCUGGGCUCUACAUGGCAUCUGCUAGAAGAGGAUCUGCAAAUCCUCCCCCAGUCCAGACAAGACUUUUCUAUCCCCCAACUUAACGCAGGCGUCAUAUCCCCAGAACCUCUGAAAGCAUGCUUGGUGAACCUGCGGGGAUAUAUCUUUGUGUGCAAGCGUGUACGCUGCGUGUAUGCGUGCUUACCCGCACCACAACCCGUGUGCGGGCACCUGCGAGUGUGUUUGUGUGCGUGCACGUGUGCUCUCGCGUAUGUUCCUCGACUCCCUGUUUAGGCAAAUUGCAGCAUUCUUAAUGAAAACCUCAGGUAAAGUGCUUUAAGUGGACUUUGUCCUCCGAGGCAGUAGGGGGGCGCCAUGCUGUACAUGAUUACAAGUUGUCAUCAACGUUGCGGAAAAAUGAAUCACUGUGUACAAAAUGGUCAUGCGCAUUUUGUAGAUAUUGAUGAUGUUUAAAACAAAACAAAAGUAGAUAUUUAAAGAUUCAAAAGUCACUCCAACAGAAAGAACUGAAAAUGCCUUGCCUUUAUGAGAUGCAUACAUUUAUGUUCUGGCAUUUUUCAUUUCAUCAGAUUUGUAUUAUUUUGUUUACUGUUUUUUUUUUUGUUUGUUUUUUUUUGUACCCCUCCCUCAGUGAGUGAAAUUCAGUUCAGUAUUCAUCAGUAUUUUCUCUCCUUAAGUGACUGAGUUCCAAUCUUCCAUUUCAAUCACAGUGUCCCUGCUGAAUCAUUUAACUAACUGGGAAGAUACUAAGCUACUUUGUUUAGGGGCAGAAGCUUUUCCUUUGUUUUUUGUAGUCAGAGGGAAAACUCCUACCUUUACUUAUAUUUAGACAACUUUAAAGUCAGUUUUUACAUUUUGUUUAGAUGUGGUCAAGGCCAAGAAUGAAGGGACAUAUGAUUCUGUGUCAGUGGAGGCUCUGAAAUUGUCUAGAAAAUGCAACCUUAUCGAUUUACUUGUAAUUUACCCCAAACAUAACUUAUAAAAUUAAGUGGAGGCAUGGAAAAUUACAAGGUCGGAGCAGUGUGGGAAAUUGGAUGCUGAUGUCUUUCGAACCAUUACCCCUUUGCUUGUAAUUUAUCCUUAGCAUUACUCAAGCAAGGAAAAAAAAACAAGCAAGGAGCAUUGCAGGCAGUUGAAUGCUGACACUUGCUCAGUGCAUUGACAAAACCAAGGCCAAAUUGAACCGUAAAUCAGGACAAGCCAAGCUCAUGUUGACUCUUUACUAUGACACAUUGGGCAGAAAUAAAUGCCAUUCUUCUUUUCCUCACUCAAGACGUUUCUGUUCACACUUCCACACCAUGCUAGAAGUGCCAUGUCCUCUUUUAUGCUCUCACCAGAAUUUUUUUUUUUUUUUUUUUGUAGUAUGAUUUGCACCUUUUUUUUCUAAUUUCGGAUCUGUUUUUUGCACUUUGAAAGUGUGUUGAGUAUUUAAAGAACCUGUAAGAGGAAAAAAAAGAAAAGAAAAAGUUGCUAAUAGCCAUGUUUUACUAUAUAUGUUUACUUAAGAGGUCCAGAAUUUACUACUGUGCUAAUGCAGCAAUAAUGUUGAGAAGUUGCAUCAAGACGCACUUGUCAACACAGGGAUUGAAAGAAUUAAGAAAUAUCUGAUAUUUUUGUAAUCGCAAAGAGUUAAGUAUGGAAAUAAGGAAUGCUUUAUGGAUAUGGGCACCUGCCUCCGGCAAAAAAAUAAAAAAAUACAAAAAAACAACUAUACCUUACAGAAAACAUAUGCUACGGAAAGAACUACAAAAUGUGUACAUUUGGUCUCCUUUAUCAUAGCUGACAGUUUAUAGUACUGUAUAUAAUCUUUGCUUGUGUCAUUUGAGAAUUCCCAAGUUAAAUGUAAGCUCCUUGUAAGCUUUCAAAGUGACAUGAGAAAUAAAGAUCUAAUGCUAACUGA